AUGAAUCCCCUCCGCAACAAGUUUUUGGGACUUUUCGUCAUUCUCGUUGUAAUGCUCGCUACCUUGACGGCCUCCAACCCAAUUCCAGAACUCGAAAAAAGAGAGGAUCCUGUCAUGAACGUUCCAUCUCCGGGUCCAGGUCAACGCAAGAUGAAUUCUAUACAGAAUGUUAGUUGGUGGUGUAAUAAAUGUAGUUCAAAGGCCAAAGUUGACGUUAAGAUAACGAAUGCCCGCGACGCUAAUUUCGCCACCUUCACUGGUCACAACGCUAAAUCUGGCUCGUUAAGCUUUGUCAUUGACCCAAAGUGGGCUAGAGUAGGAUUUUUGUACCUCGUUCAAGUGACGCUCCAUGGUCAUCCAGAAGUCAGUGGAUUCAGUAGCUCAUUCGAAGUG